CGUCCGCCGAGUCUAUUGCGCUCCUCUUGCUGCUAAUUCAAAGCACAAGAAGAGACAGACAGUGUGGAAGAUGAGAACAUCUGGGACAGGGGAAUAAGGAGAGUCCUUGCCAGCCAACAUCUGUCUUAGUAGCUUCAGUGUGAGAAGGGAAUCUUAAAAGUGGACAUAGAGAAGAAAGAGUUUACCACAGAGCAUGGCCUUAGUCAAGGAGCAUAGCAUGGAUGAAAGACUGGCACUGGUUAAAGAAGAGGACUGUGACUGGGGGCAACCAGAGGAUUUGUGUGCAAAGCCAGAGGAUCGUGAGAGAAUUUCUGUUUUUAAAGAGGAGGAGUGCAAGGAGGAGAUCAGAGAGGUUAAAGUUGAGGACUCCAAAAAUCUCUCGGUGAGCGUUGGCCUGCAAAAGCAUGAAAGACCGAAAACUUUCAAGCAAGAAAUCAGUGAAGCGUCUCAUUCCAGUUUACAGCCCUGGUCCAGUAAAAGAGGAGAACCGGCCCCCCAGCAGAAUUCCAUAGAGCUGAAAUCGGAGUCUGAAAGGAAAAUUACUGAAGGAGAUGGAAAAGAAGGAGAAGAGCAGCGGUCCUCCAAGGAUACUGGCAUAAAUGUCCAAGAGAAUGACAGCUUCUCCUCAUCUUCAUUUGGUCAGAUGUCUCUUGGGUGCAGACAGAUACAUAACCAGGAACUGGAGAAGAUAAAGAAAUCAACAAGAGGAUCAGAGACUGUGACAGCAGCCUCUUUGCAAUGCAGUUCUCUUCCCGCUGCCAAGCUAACAAAGACAGAUUUCAUCAAUCCUGACCAACAGCCAAGGAAUGACACGGAUCAGGAGCCUUUGUAUGUCGACCAAGAGUACGGAACAUUUUUCAAAAACAAACCGGAGUGCAAAGAUCAGAUGAGAAUUUAUAUGAGACCGAAACCCCAUGCCUGUUUGGAAUGUGGCAAACUAUUUUCACAGAGCAACAAUCUUCGCCGACACAAACGGAUUCACACUGGAGAGAAACCGUACUCCUGUCCGGAAUGUGGCAAGCGAUUUUCUCACCGGAGCAGUCUCAAAAGACACAACAGCAUUCAUACUGGAGAAAAGCCAUACAGAUGUUCUGAUUGUGACAAACAGUUCUCCAGGAGUAGCUCUCUUCAGCAACACACGCAGAUUCACACAAGAGAAAGGCCAUUUGGCUGUCCGGAAUGUGGCAGAAGAUUUUCCCGCAAAAAUAUUCUUCAGAAACAUUUAAAAAUUCACACAGGAGAAAAACCUCAUUGCUGUUCAGAGUGUGGGCAAAGAUUCUUGGAAGUGAGGCAACUUCAAGACCACAUCCAGGUUCAUGCCUGGGAGAAAACGUAUUGUUGUACUGAAUGUGGCAAAGAGUUCCUACAAGUAAGCCAUCUUCAGAACCACAUGAGAAUUCACACUGGGGGGAAAAAGUACUGCUGUUUGAAAUGUGGGAAACAAUUCACACACACUGGUAGUCUUCACAAGCAUAAAAGAAUUCACACGGGAGAGAAACCUCACUGCUGUUCUGAGUGUGGAAAAAGAUUCUUUCAGAUAUGCAAUCUUCAACGCCAUAUCAGAAUUCAUAGUGGGGAGAAACCUUAUUGUUGUUCUGAAUGUGGGAAACGAUUCUCAAACAGCAGUGGCCUUCGGAGCCAUGAAAGAAAUCACACUGGUGAGAAGCCUCAUAGUUGUUCUGACUGUGGCAAGUGUUUCUCGGACAGAAGGAGUCUUGACAGACACGUGAGAGUUCACACAGGAGAGAAACCACACAGCUGUCCAGAAUGUGGCAAACAGUUUUCACAAAUAAGCACCCUUCAGCGCCACACGAGAAUCCACACUGGAGAAAAACCUUACUGCUGUUCCGACUGUGGGAAACGAUUCUCAGGCAGCGGUGCCCUGCAACAGCACAUACGCAGUCACACUGGAGAGAAGCCUUACAGUUGUUCUGAAUGUGGUAGGCGAUUCUCUGACAGUAGCAAUCUUCAGAAGCACACACAGAUUCAUACGGGAGAAAAGCCAUAUUGUUGUGCCCAAUGUGGCAAAAGAUUUUCGCGCAGCAACAGUCUUGACAUGCACAAAAGAAUUCACACGAGGGAGAAACCCCAUUGCUGUCCAGAGUGUGGCAAACAAUUUUCACAAAUCCGCAGUCUUCAGAAUCACAUUAGAACCCACACGGAAGAAAAACCCUUUUGCUGUUCUGAAUGUGGUAAACGAUUUUCUGACAGUAGCAGGCUCCAAAGACAUAUAAAAAUUCACACUGUUGAAGAUCCACAUGAAUGUGGCAAACGAUUUACAUAGAGUAGUGCUCUUCAACAGCACAUACAACGUCAUUCUGGAGAGACGUACAGUGCAGGUCAUGAUGGAUUCCACAGAACUAAUCAAAAGAAACAUUCAUGCCCAUCCUGACUUCCUACUGAUAACCAUAACGCCAUAUGGACUUCAAAAUAGCAACGUCGGUGGCACACACAGUCAUCACUGCAAACUUAAGGGAAUAAGAGUUACAACAGAAACAUUGUGACUAAAGAGUGAGGUUCACUCCCAUCCUGAUACUAAGCACUCUAAGAAACUCUGGAGAAAUUUAUCAAGAGAAGCCCUGGAAAUAUUAAAAUGUCAAUGAAUAUGUGGCUGUUCAGGUCAAUCGUACUAUCAAUUGUUCUAUACGGUUGUGAAACCAGGAUGUUUAGGAAGUACUGAAGAAAGGAAACUUCUAGUUUUUUUAAACUCUCCAUGUACAUCUGCUGGAGAAGCUCCAUGACCAAGACAUCAGGAAGAGUGUAAACCAGAGACAAUAAUACAGUUGGUACAUCUCGGACAACACCGGUUUCUCUGCACACAUACUGUGAAUGUACUUGCACUUGUACUUCAUGGCCAUGUUGAAAGAGGGGAGGAUGUCCAAGGAAAACACGGUUCCAGUGGGCACUGGCACAAUAACAAUGGUAUUAACCUACAUUUUGAGGAAUGCACAAUACAGAGCUCCAUGGCAUCACAUUCAAUUUAUGUGAGAGCCCACGUCAAAGUGUAAUGACCAUAUCAUACAGAGAGAGGGCAGAGAAGAAGUGGGGCCACAGAUCUGUUGUGAAGUGUGGCAAACAAUUCCCACAGUCACUCAAAAAUUCCCACUAGGGAGAAACCGCACUGCUCCUCUUAAUUUUGGAAGAGAUUCUCACAGAUAUUGUUUCCUGUUUGCCAUGUCAAAGUUCAUAUUGCACAGACACCUUAUUUUGGUCUUAGAUUUGGUAGGAAGCUUUCAAACUCAGUUGGACAUCCUGCCAACUACUAUUAGUGCUGAGGAAUUACACAAAAAGGCAGGCCGAGGACCACACUGAACUCUCGUGGCAUAUUUAAGAGAACAAUAAAAAAAAAAAAUCACAGCUAAUGAUUGAAAUUCACUUCUAGCCACUUCUUCUUCUUCUUCCAUGGUCAAUUUCCACGAUUGCGUCUAUUUCAUGAAAGCAAUUGCUUCU